GAUAGGACCUCUUAUUUAGGGCUUUGCAAAAGUUACUGAGCUCUGUACUAGUUCUUUAUUAUCGUUCUCUUUUUUUUUUAUAAAUGCCGUUUUUUUUUUAGUUAGAGAAAGAGAGGAAGAAAUCAGAAGGAAUGUGUUCAUGAAGUUUCUACAAAUCCCCAGCCCCAGGUAAAAAUAUAUGGCAAAUUAAGGUGAAGAAGGAGAGUUAAGUUAAUAUACAUAACUUACUGUGUCUCUACUUCUCAAGGACUAAUAUUGUAGAAAGGUUAAUUCAACAAUCGACAAUGUCCACCAACUUUCCUCCUGUUGCUCCCCACUUCCAUAGGAUGCUCUUACAAGAUGAUCUAUUCGACAAUAAGCUUAAAAUUUCAAGAGAAUUUAUGCUGAAAUAUGGGACUAAGAUUGAUACAUCAAAACCAGUAGUCCUAAAAGUUCCUAGUGGUGGAGCAUGGGAAGUGAAAUUGACCAAAUACGAUGACCAUGUUUGGUUGGGUGAAGGUUGGCCAGACUUUGCAAGGCAUCACUUCUUACAACGUGGAUAUUCAUUGUUUUUUAGAUAUGAAGGUCAAUCUAGAUUUUAUGUAGUCAUAGUUGAUGAAAAUGGUUGUGAAAUAUACUAUCCUGUUAACAAUUCCAAACAUUUUGAUAAGGUAAAUCCCAGUUUCGAUGAGCUACCCAAAAAGGGUGAAGAAAAUAAAGAUUUUCACUGUGAUGAAAACGUUAACAGUCAGUCACCUUACUCACGUAGAAUGAUAAUCCCGACACCACCAUUUCCUUCUCCAAAGAGAAAAAUGAGAGGUAAUAAAAAUAAGAAAAAUGACGAUGAAUACACAUGUUAUAAGGAACAACUGAACAUCAAAGAUUCAGAGGAUUCGGAGUCAGAAGCGAUCUAUUGUAAGAAAAAGGGCAGGUUUAAGGCUCGUGCUAAGAGAUCAAUGACUGUUGAAGAAAAAGAUAAAGCUUUAUAUAGGACUAAAAACUUCACCUCCCGAAAUCCAUUUUUCAGGACUGUCAUACAAAAGACGCAUGUACACGAUCGUUAUGACAUGGCCUUACAAUCAGAUUUUUGGAGACAACAAAUGGCUGAAAAAUCUGGUUAUAUUACUCUGUAUGUUCCUCAUCAAAAAAAAGAAUUGGCAUGUAUUACUUCGUACCCAAACUAGAGGUAACUGCGCAUCUUCAAGAGCUGCUUUCCGAAGAAAUGAUUGGCAGAAAUUCGUUGAUGAAAAUGAUUUGAAAGUGGGAGAUGUUUGCAUAUUUGAACUGACGGAUAAAAAUGAAAUGAAGUUCCAAGUUUCCAUUGACCGAGCAACUGAAUGCGGUGAUCGAAACAGCCAACAAUGUGAAUGAAGAUCACACCAGCAGCAAGGUUACUCACGGCACUGCUUCAUCUUCAAAGGAUGACAGUUUUUGGAGGAGCAACCAAACAAUCUAAUCCCAGUUUUGAAGUGGUAUUGGGAGAGUCUGGUUGUUAUGCGCUGGUAUGAUAUCUUACAAAUUAUUACUAAAAAUAUAUCUAUAUAAUUAGUCACAAAAUAAUUAAAUGUCACUUUUACACAACAAAAUUACUUGUAAAUAAAAAGUAUUAUCUUCAAACGGGUCGUUGGCAACGAAGUGAACCAUACUUUGCUAGAAGUUACCAUUUCCCGUUGUGUUUCUUAAAUAAUAAUCAGGACUUCUUCUAGAGUA